GGUUCCGGCGCCGCCAUUUUGCCGUGAGACAGCAGCAGUUCGGGAAGUGGCGGAUUUCUGGAGCUAAGAUGCUGUCGACUGCCGGUUAUGUCGAUCCUGCGCUGGGGCUUGGUCGUGAGGUUAAACGGGGCUCUGCCGUCCAACACCGCUUCUCCCCCUACACUUUCAACGGCGGGACUGUAUUGGCAAUUGCUGGUGAAGAUUUCUCUAUCGUUGCCUCAGACACCCGACUGAGUGAAGAAUAUGCAGUUCAUAGCCGGGACAGUCCAAAAUGCUACAAGCUGACGGAAACAACAGUUAUUGGGUGCAGUGGAUUUCAUGGGGACUGUCUUACGCUUACUAAAAUCCUUGAAGCAAGAUUAAAGAUGUACAAGCAUUCCAAUAACAAGACUAUGAGUUCAGGAGCUAUUGCAGCCAUGCUUUCUACAAUCCUGUAUUCCCGACGCUUCUUCCCUUACUAUGUUUACAACAUAAUUGGUGGAUUGGAUGAAGAAGGGAAGGGUGCCGUGUACAGCUUUGAUCCAGUAGGCUCCUACCAGAGAGACACUUUCAAAGCUGGUGGAUCAGCUAGUGCCAUGCUGCAGCCUCUGCUGGACAACCAGGUUGGCCUCAAGAAUAUGCAAAAAGUGGAACAAGUGGCUUUAUCCUUGGAAAAGGCUUUGCAGCUAGUAAAGGAUGUCUUUAUUUCUGCUGCAGAAAGAGAUGUAUACACUGGGGAUGCACUAAAAAUCUGCAUUAUCACAAAAGAUGGAAUUAAGGAAGAAAAUUUUCCUUUGCGUAGAGACUAAAUUGGUGCACUGUUCAGUUAAAAAUCUUCAGUGUUUCACCAUAAUUUUUAUGCAAGUUUACUAGUGGUAUGGUAACUUUUGAUGUAUUAAAAAAAGGAACCAAA